GAAUAUAAGUCUCUCUUUACUCUCCAUCUUCUUCGUUCUAAAACCCUCAUCGGAAUCUUCUUCUCUCAUGAACUGAUCUCUCCAUCGCCAUGGAAGAGAUCUCCAAUCUCUUGGACCUCUUCAAGGAUCGCACUCCCCCUCGCGAUCUCGCUCACCGCCUCCGCUCCGAUUCGAUCAAGCCCGGUCUCUUUCGAUUCCUUGCGAUCCUCGAUUCCGGAGCUCGGCUAGGGUUGGAAUCGUGGAGCGCGUCUCAGAUCGAUGCAGUCAUCUCCGCCGCCAAAUUGCUCGUCGGCUCUUCUCUCUCGAUUUCAGCGGAGAGCGGAGAGUCGGUGGUUUUGGUGAUCCUUGAGAAGUCGGUGGACUUUUGCCUCUCUGUUCUGGAGAAGCUGAAGUUCGAUGGCGCCGAUUUCAGCUUGCAGAAUAGCUUGGCGCAGCUGUUGGAAGUAGCUCUCUGUGCUGUUUCAUUCAGGGAACAUGGCGGAACUUACCAAGACCACAUAAAUUCCUAUGUAGAGCUAUUGUCAGUAAUCCCUGUUAAACCCGAUAGCCUGAGCUUGCAUGAUGAUCCUAUAUUUUAUUUGCAAGGUGUUAAUUCUUUGAAGAAUGGGAGUUCAGUGGAGGAUAUUCUGAAGAACCUUUCUUCAGAGUGUUUGCAACCAGAUAUUCUUGCCACACAGUUUGCCGAAUCUCCUUUACCUCGCUCUAUAGACAGCACAGCGUCUUUGGCACAACACUGGGUAGCUAUCCAUUUGAAAUGCAUCCCUCGCCUCCUUAUGCUUUGUAAAACACUUCAUGGCUCCCUCGUUUCAGUUGAGAUAGAAACACAAGAUGCUAACUUUAGCGUGAGAUUGUCCUUCAGUCACAGGAUCCUUAAAUUAAUAGGAUACCUUGCCAAGGAAAUUCAUCUUGAUGCUUUUGAUGCUGAGCUGUUACAUGCAAUCAUAGGCUGUGCAGAUACAAUUCCAACACUGUUCAGAUUGAAAAUGGACUACGUAACCUGUAGUCCAACGAGCACUGGCAAUUUUGGGGGCCCUGUAUUACUAGUACUGGAGGAAUUUCUACAGCUUGUCCAGGUCAUUUUCUUGGAUGGCCAUGUAUUUCAGAACAUUCGUGCAUGUUUGCUUGCCUCCAUUUUAGACAUUUUGGAUUCUAAGACGUGGAGGUAUGAUGAGUCAAAAUCUUCUUCUAGGCCUCCAUUGGUUUACUGGCCUCAGAUUGUUUUACAUGUUCUGAAGCUUCUCAAAGAAGCUAAAAAUUGGGCGUCUUAUACACAUAAUCAGAAGGAAAUACCUGACUACCUGUGCAGUUCUGCAAUGGGUGGUCUUUCUUACCAAAUUCAUUCUGAGAAAUUUCAUUUGCUUAAGAGGUAUACGUAUGAAGAAUAUCUAAGGACAUUAUUUCCUCCAUCAAAGCAAUGGCUGGAUGAUUUGAUUCAUCUUGCCUUUUUCCUUCACUGUGAAGGACUGAAAUUAAAGCCGAAGGUGGAAAGGUUUCAAGAAAGCUGCAUGAAAACUGCUGUUACCUUGGAAACUGAUGGUACAGCUGGACAUGAAGAUGAAGCCAUUUUUGGGAAUCUUUUCUCAGAAGCUAGCCGACCUGCUGGAUUGUCAGAUGGGCUUGAUCAACCAACUAAUACAGUUCCUGAUGUCUCGAGUAGUCAUCUUUUGCUGAUCCAAGCGACUACUGAACUGUUGGGCUUUCUCAAAGAGAAUAUCUUCUCUUCAGAAUGGAAUUUUGCAGUUUAUGAUGAUGCCUGCAAAAAGAUUGAUAAAAGCCACAUAAAUUUCCUAAUCUCAUUGCUUACCUGUCAAUCUUCUGUGCCGGAUGAAAAGUAUUCUGGGAACUGUACUGCUUUGUCAUCACAGGGGACACAUGGGAAUGUUAGUGACUUAUGCUUUGAUCUUUUGCAGAAUCUUCUUGUUCGCCGUGUUUUGUCGAGCUCUCUUAAAGAACACAUUGCUGAUCAAGUCCUAAAGGUAGAAAACGGAGCAUACAUCUAUAAUAAUUAUACUCUUACUCUAUUAUCUCAUGCUCUUAUUGCUCAAGUGGGUUUAGAUGAUAGUCAUUUGACAAUGAAAAUUUUUGAAGCCUUUGUUGGUUUCGUUCUUGAGAAGGCAAAGGAUAUUAGCUGCAAAUGUCCUGGAGCUAAUGAUUUCUUUAAGACUCUCCCUUGCACCUUUUACUUGGAAAUUCUGUUGAUAGCCUUCCACCUGUCUAAUGAAAGUGACAAAGCUGUUCUAGCAAAUUAUAUAUUUUCUUCUGUCAGAAAAAUAGAUGCACCUAAGCCUGGAUUCAGUGGAAGGCAGCUUCUCUGCUGGGCUAUUACUGUUUCAAGGCUAGUUUUGGUGCUGCGACAUAUGGUAUCUUACCCAUCUGCUUGUCCUUCAUGGUUGCUUCUGCGGUUGAAAUCUAGACUGAGGGAAGCCCCAUUCAGAGCAUAUUUUUCAGAGUCCCUAAUUGAUCAUGUGCCAUCCUGGACAUCGAUUGUGGUGGAGAGUAUUCUAGGUGAUGCCAUCAAAGAAGCUGCAGAUCUUAAUCUGCUGCUUUCUCAGAUGAUUGAUACUGUGCCUCAUCCUGUUGUAGCCUGUGACAGUGCUUUCCAAGCCCUAGGCUUGAAUUGCGCUGACAUCAUUUCCAAGUUCUCAUGGAUACUUAGUUUCUGGAGAGGUAGAAAAGCUGAAACUGUGGAUCAACUUAUUGUGGAAAGAUACAUAUACUUGCUUUGCUGGGGUACUGUUUUCAGUAUCAGUCCUGAUGCGAGGAAUAUGCUUCCUUUGGGAAGCACCUGGGCUGGUAUUGACUUGUCGAAUAGCGAGUCUUUCUUUCACUUCGGCCAUAUUGCUUUGAAUGAUACUUCUGCUGUUAGCAAGAAUAUUAAUCUCUCAGAGGUCAUCUUGGAUCUACUUCAGCGGUUAGACAGGGAGCAAUUACCAGAUAAACUUGCAGUGCCAAGUUGGGACGUCUUCAGGAAGGCUGCAUGGCUAUCCCUAAUACUCUCUCUGCUUCAUUCUGGCAUUUGCAAAUAUGCUAUGAUACAUGAGAUUCCUGGGGUUGAGCAGGGUUGGAUUCAACCGAGUGAUGGAAAUGGGUUCUGUGUUGCAGAAAGCAUAAUUGCUAAUAUAUUUAAUGAGAGUAAAAGUGGACUGCUUUUAAGAUUACUCUCCUCAUUCCUGAGGAAGUAUUUGCAAGUUCUUCAGGAAGCAUUUCUUUCACUAGUUGAUCAGAAGAGAGAUUAUGGGGAUGGCUUUUCUUCGUUGUUGUUGCUUAAGCACAACGGGUUUGACAAGAACAGACAAGAGGUUUUACUCAAGAAGUGUGGUUCUAGUCCUUCACUACUGGAAUCCUUAUAUGGUCUCUUAUUGAAAUCAAAUGAAAUAGUCGCAAAAGAAGAUAGAGGAAAUAUGAACAGUUUCCUCUUGGAGGGUGUCCUGCAUGGCUUUCCAGUACAUCCUGAUUCCUCCAGUGGUACUCUUCUUUCCUCUAUUCUUGCUGUUAGAGAACUAGUUUGUAUGUUGGAUAUUUAUCUCAAAGUGAAAGCUGCAGUAGAAAACAUUCCUAUUGAAACUGAUUUAGCUUGCCAUCUUCUUGAUUCUGUAAUGGCUGUGAGAUCUGAUAAAAUUUUUGAAUCCAUCCACAAUAAUUGUGAAGCAAUAUUUGCUAGUUUGAUUCCUCGUGAGAGAAAACUGUCAGGUUUGAGUGAUUUGUAUGGACUGAAACAAAUAGAGGGCCUCUUAGCAGACAUCAAUUCCAGACAGACAGCAGAUGCUGAAAUCCAUGAAAUGCUUAUUACAAGUCUUGUUGAUAUUAUUUAUGGUCUUCAACAUGACGAUUCUAAAGCUGCAGUUUUCCAAUUUUACGUGGGUUCUGAUACAUGUGUGUCUGAAGAAGUCAAGGAACUUUUUGGUCAACAACAUGGUGAUAUCUUGGUUCUCAUUGAUGCAUUAGAGAAAUGCUCUUUGGAGGCAGUUAAUUUGAAGGUAGUUAACUUGCUUGUUGAUCUUUUAGCUAACGAGCAAUGUCCUGCUCUGAAAGAGAGGUUGCAAAAGAAGUUUCUUGGAAUGGACUUGCUCCGUCUAUCACAUUGGUUGGAAAUUAAGCUUUUAGGAUGCACUACAAAGUCUUCAGAUGGGAUCAUUACUGCAAAAGGAAGUUCCACUGCACUCAGAGACUCAACCAUGGAACUGGUGACACGUCUAGCAUUACAACCGGGUGAUGGCUUUUCAGCAGAGCUCCACAGUCAAUUUAUUGAGGCAAUGCUUAUGUCGCUUGAUAGUGCAUUUACUCUACAUGAUAUCAAUAGUGCCAAAGCUUAUUUCAGUUCUAUAAUCAAACUUUUGAAUGGGGAGUCCUCGAUGAAGCUACUUGUGGAGAAGACUGUGAGGUUAAUGGGCAAUUUGGUAGGUGAUGAAGCUUUGCUUCCUGGACUGAAGUUCCUUUUAUCCUUUCUAGGUGCUGUUUUGGGUGACCUGGGAGCAAAUAAGAAUACCUCAUCUGGACUUCCGUCCAAGCUUUCUGCAAGCAAUAGUUUUGGCUCGGGAUCUGUACUUUUGAAAUCUGAUGGUUCAAGAAAAGAUACAGAAAAUUUACUUCUUCCAACAAAUGCAGAACGAUCUUCUGCUUCAAUCGAAUGUGAUGCCACCUCUGUAGACGAGGAUGAUGAUGACGACGGGACCUCAGAUGGGGAAUUGGGUAGCAUAUACAAAGUUGAAGAAGAGGAGUGUAAUAGUGAAAGAGCGCUUGCCUCUAAAGUAUGCACAUUCACAUCUAGUGGCAGCAACUUUGUGGAACAACACUGGUAUUUCUGUUAUACUUGCGACUUGACUGUUUCUAAGGGCUGCUGUUCUAUCUGUGCAAAGGUUUGCCAUCGUGGACAUCGGGUUGUUUAUUCUCGAUCCAGUCGCUUUUUCUGUGACUGUGGUGCUGGUGGUGUUAGGGGAAGUAGCUGUCAGUGUCUGAAGCCGCGGAAGCUUACUGGAAGCAGCAGUAUGCCAGCUCAGAGUACCAGUAACUUUCAACCAUUUCUGCCCUUUCCUGAGGAUGGCGAUCCCAUAGUAGACAGUGAGUCAGACUGGGAUGAUGAUUUGUGUUCUGCAGAUAUUGACAAUUUUCUUAAGUUGUCCAUCCCUAGAGAGGUACAAGAAGGACUGCCUGUGAUGCUGGAGAAUCUUAAUCUAGAAGAUCAAGUACUUGAACUCUGUAAUAGACUGCUUCCUACGGUGCUCAAUCAUAGGGAAUCAAACCUUUCUAAAGAUAAAAAGGUACUACUAGGUGAUGACAAGGUGUUAUCAUACAAUGUUGAUCUUUUUCAGUUAAAAAAAGCUUAUAAAAGUGGUUCAUUUGACCUGAAGAUAAAAGCUGAUUAUCCGAACUCCAGGGAGUUGAAAUCACAUUUGGCCAGUGGUUCUCUUACCAAGUCAUUGCUUAGCAUCAGCGUUAGAGGUAGGCUUGCUGCUGGAGAAGGCGACAAAGUGGCAAUAUUUGAUGUUGGACAACUAAUUGGACAGCCUACAGUUGCACCUGUGACAGCGGAUAAGACCAAUGCUAAGCCGCUUUCCAAGAACAUUGUACGAUUUGAAAUAGUUCAUCUACUGUUCAAUCCUGUCACAGAAAAUUAUCUUGUCGUAGCUGGGUAUGAAGACUGCCAGGUGCUUACUGUAAAUCCUCGCGGGGAAGUAACUGAUCGCCUUGCUCUUGAACUUGCUCUACAAGGUGCUUAUAUUCGUAAAGUUGAGUGGGUUCCUGGUUCUCAGGUCCAAUUAAUGGUGGUCACAAACAUGUUUGUAAAGAUAUACGACCUUUCCCAGGAUAACAUUAGUCCCGUACAUUAUUCCACAUUAUGUGAUGAUCUGAUUAUGGAUGCAACACUUGUCCCAGCUCCCAUGGGGAAAGUGUUUCUUCUUGUUCUGUCAGUAUCUGGACGCCUAUUCAGGCUGCAAGUUUCAAUGGAGGGAGAUAUUGGGGCAAAAGAACUGAGUGAGAUCAUCCAGGUUCAGGGCAAGAGUAUGCAGUCAAAAGGUCUUUCACUGCAUUUUGCUGCAUCUUACAGGUUGCUCUUCUUAUCUUACCAAGAUGGAACUUCAAUAAUGGGCCGUCUGGAUGCAAAUGCAGCUUCCCUUAGCGAGAUAUCAGCUGUAUAUGAAGAUGAGCAAGAUAAUAAAGUCAAACCAGCUGCAUUGCAUCAUUGGAGAGAAUUGCUUCCUGGUAGUGGUUUUUUUGCUUGUCUUUCGAGUCUUAAAUCAAAUGCUGCACUUAUAGUGUCCUUGAGCCCUCGUGAGGUAUUAGCACAGCACAUGCGAUAUGGUGGAGGAUCAGCUUUGCCUUUGGUCGGAAUUGCUGCCUAUAAGCCUUUAUCUAAAGAUGAAACUCACUCUCUCGUUUUGCAUGAUGAUGGUAGCCUUCAAAUUUAUUCACAUAUUCUGAUGGGAUCAAACACUACAGUGAAUACGAAUCCAGAUCAAACAAAAAAGAUAGGAUCCAGCAUUCUCAGUAACAGAGCCUAUGCUGGUUCAAACACGGAAUUUCCCCUUGAUUUUUUUGAGAAAACAACUUGUAUCACAGCAGAUGUGAAGCUGAGUUGUGAUGCCUUGAAGAACAGUGACUCUGAAAGUAUUAAGCAGCGGUUGACAUCAGAUGAUGGAUUUUUAGAAAGUUCAAGUGCUGCAGGGUUCAAGGUUACAGUAUCAAAUUCAAAUCCUGAUAUAGUCAUGGUGGGUCUUCGUAUACACGUGGGUAAUACAUCAGCAAGACAUAUUCCUUCUGAAAUCACCAUCUUUCAGAGAGUUAUUAAAUUGGAUGAAGGCAUGCGUUCAUGGUAUGACAUCCCUUUUACAGUUGCUGAAUCACUUCUGGCUGAUGAAGAAUUUACAGUCUCUGUUGGAAAAACCUUUGAUGGUUCAACGAUGCCAAGAAUAGAUUGUAUGGAAAUUUAUGGCCGAGCAAAGGAUGAAUUUGGUUGGAAGGAAAAAAUGGAUGCAGUCCUGGACAUGGAAGCACAUGCUCUUGGGGUUAGUUUUGGUGGUGGUGUUAGCAGGAAGCAACGGAUUAUGCAAACUGCUCCUGUACAUGAGCAAGUUAUGGCAGAUGCUCUCUGGCUUCUCUCUAGGAUUUAUUCAGCAUGCAAGUUGCAUAUUUCUGCUGAAGUUGAAGAUGUACAUGUGGAGCUUAACAAGCUCAAAUGCAAGAAUUUACUGGAAGCCAUAUUUCAGAGUGACCGGGAACCACUGUUGCAGUCUGCGGCUUGUCUUGUUCUUCAAGCGGUCUUUCCUAAGAAAGAUGUUUACUAUCACGUAAGAAGCCUUGCUUCCCUAUGGUUGUCACAGGGGGUGACAAAACGGGGACCAGCCAAGACUCUCACAGAGCUGGGGGUNGGUGGUGCUGCCACUGGUUGGAUAAUCAAAGAGUUCACAGCUCAGAUGAAUGCAGUGACAAAAAUUACAUUGCAUCGUAGGGCAAACAUGGUUGCUUUUCUUGGAGUUCAUGGUUCAGGGGUAGUGGAUGGAUUAAUGCAAGUUCUCUGGGGGAUUUUGGACUUAGAAAGACCUGAAACACAGACAAUAAACAACAUUGUAGUACCUGCUGUGGAACUUAUUUAUAGUUAUGCAGAAUGCCUAGCAUUGCAUGGAACUGAAGCAUCUGGCCGCUCAGUUGUACCUGCUGUGGUGUUGCUCAAGAAACUGCUCUUAGCUCCAUAUGAAGCAGUUCAGACAUCCAGCAGUUUGGCCAUAUCAUCUAGACUGCUUCAAGUACCUUUCCCGAAGCAGACAAUGCUGACAACUGAUGAUGCUGCAGAGAAUACUGUUACUCCCAACAUUCCUUCUGAUAUGAGUGCAGCUGCUGGAAAUGCACAAGUUAUGAUUGAAGAAGAUCCAGCUACAUCAUCAGUACAAUAUUGCUGUGAUGGUUGCUCUACAGUUCCUAUACUUAGACGCCGGUGGCAUUGCAACAUAUGCCCGGACUUUGACUUGUGUGAGGCCUGUUAUGAGAUUUUGGAUGCCGAUCGGCUCCCUCCUCCACAUUCUAGAGAGCACCCUAUGUCAGCAAUCCCAAUUGAUGCUCUUGGAGGUGAUGGCAAUGAGAUCCAUUUCUCAAUGGAUGAGUUAAAUGAUGCAGGUUUAGUUCAAGUUUCUGCUGAUCUAAGCGUUCAAAGUUCUCCUCAUCAUGUAUUAGACACCACAGUGUCUGGAGAUUUUUCUUCCUCUGCGAUUGAUCAAAGGAUAGUUUCUAUUUCUGCAUCAAAACGUGCUCUGAACUCUCUGCUGCUUCGUCAGUUAGUUGAGGAGCUCAGAGGGUGGAUGGAGACAACUUCUGGUAUUCGAGCUAUUCCUGUCAUGCAGCUAUUCUACAGAUUAUCUUCUGCAGUGGGUGGUCCUUUUAUGGAUAGUUCAAAACCUGAAAACCUAGACUUAGAAAAAUUCAUUAAGUGGUUUCUAGAUGAGAUCAAUCUCAGCAGACCAUUUUCAGCUAAAAACCGCUCCUUUUUUGGCGAAGUUUCAAUCCUUGUUUUUAUGUUCUUUACCUUAAUGCUUCGCAAUUGGCAUCAACCUGGCAGUGACAGUUCUCAGUCAAAAUCCGGUCUUGAGUCACAAGAUAAAGGACUUGUUCAAAUUCCUUUAUCAUCGUCAACAGCUUUGUCAUCCGAUAACCAAGAAAAGAAUGAAUUUGCUUCUCAGCUUGUUCGAGCUUGUUCCUUCCUGAGACAACAGACUUUCUUGAACUAUUUGAUGGACAUUUUGCAGCAGCUUGUUCAUGUUUUCAAGUCCACUUCUUUGUUACCUGAAAGUUGUUUAUCUAGCAGUUCUGGUUGUGGUUCCCUUCUAACUGUUCGAAGAGAGCUACCAGCUGGAAACUUUUCUCCCUUCUUCUCUGAUUCAUAUGCAAAAGCUCAUCGUGCAGAUCUUUUCAUGGAUUACCACAAACUGUUAUUAGAGAACACUUUCAGGCUGGUGUAUAGUUUGGUUCGCCCUGAGAAGCAAGACAAAUCUGCUGAAAAGGAUAAACCAUACAAGGCAAGUGCUGGUAAGGAUUUGAAAUUGGAUGGAUUUCAAGAUGUUCUUUGCACCUAUAUUAGCAAUCCAAAUACAACAUUUGUACGGAGGUAUGCUAGAAGGCUCUUCCUUCACUUGUGUGGUAGCAAAACCCAUUAUUACAGUGUGAGAGAUACAUGGCAAUUCUCAAUGGAAGUAAAGAGGUUGUACAAGCUUGCAAAUAAGUCGGGCAGUUUUCGGAAUCCUGUUCCGUAUGAGAAAAGCGUCAAACUUGUGAAGUGCUUAUCCUCUAUGUCUGAAGCAGCUGUGGCCAGACCCAGAAAUUGGCAGAAGUAUUGCUCAAAGCACAUUGAUGUUUUGCCAUUUUUGGUCGAUGGGAUAUUUUAUUUUAGUGAAGAAUCCGUCAUACAAUCUCUUAAACUUUUGAAUCUGGCCUUCUAUACUGGAAAGGAGAUGUGCCAUGCCAUGCAGAAAUUGGAAGGUGGAGAUGGAGGAACAAGCUCUAAUAAAGGUGGUGCACAACCUUCAGACCCCAAGAAGAAGAGAAAAGGUGACGAUGGAACUGAAAGUUCUUCAGAGAAAUCUUGUAUUGAGAUGGACCAGGCUGUCAAAAUCUUCAGCAACAACGAUGGUUGUAUUUUGAGAAGGUUUAUUGAUGCGUUUUUGGUAGAGUGGAAUUCAACAAGUGUACGUGGUGAAGCUAAGUGUGUUUUGUUUGGUGUUUGGCAUCAUGCAAAACAUUCAUUCAAGGAGUUCAUGUUAACUACUCUCUUGCAAAAAGUGAAGUUCUUGCCCAUGUAUGGUCAGAACAUUAUGGAGUACAUAGAGCUUAUGACCUGGCUGCUAGGUAAGGUGCCUGACAUCAGUGCAAAGCAACCUGAGACAGAACUCAUCAACAAAUGUUUGACUUCUGAUGUAAUAAGCUGCAUAUUUGAGACUCUUCACUCACAAAAUGAGCUCUUGGCCAAUCAUCCUAAUUCUCGUAUAUACAAUACUCUAAGUGGGUUGGUAGAAUUUGAUGGGUAUUAUCUAGAAAGCGAGCCUUGUGUAGCCUGUAGCUGCCCAGAGGUGCCUUACACUAGAAUGAAGCUUGAGAGCUUGAAAUCUGAGACCAAGUACACGGGUAACCGCAUAAUUGUGAAAUGCACAGGAAGCUAUGUUAUUCAAACAGUGACAAUGAAUGUUCAUGAUGCUCGCAAGUCAAAAUCAGUAAAAGUUCUGAACUUGUAUUAUAAUAAUAGGCCUGUUGCUGACUUGUCAGAGCUGAAGAAUAACUGGUCACUGUGGAAGCGUGCAAAGAGCUGUCAUCUUGUGUUUAACCAAACGGAGCUGAAAGUUGAAUUUCCUAUUCCAAUUACUGCUUGCAAUUUCAUGAUAGAGCUGGAUUCUUUCUACGAAAAUCUGCAAGCGUCCUCUCUUGAGUCAUUGCAGUGCCCCCGUUGUAGUAGGCCUGUUACUGAUAAGCAUGGGAUCUGCAGCAAUUGCCAUGAAAAUGCAUAUCAAUGCAGACAAUGCCGCAAUAUUAAUUAUGAAAAUUUGGAUUCAUUCCUUUGCAAUGAGUGUGGGUAUAGCAAAUAUGGACGCUUUGAGUUUAAUUUCAUGGCAAAACCAAGUUUCUCAUUUGAUAAUAUGGAAAACGAAGAGGAUAUGAGAAAAGGUUUGGCAGCUAUUGAAUCAGAAUCAGAGAAUGCACAUAGAAGGUACCAGCAACUGUUAGGAUUUAAAAAACCAUUGCUUAAACUUGUAUCAAGUAUAGGUGAAAAUGAAAUAGAUUCGCAGCAGAAAGAUACUGUGCAACAAAUGAUGGUGUCUUUGCCUGGGCCUUCAUGUAAGAUAAACCGGAAAAUUGCGUUACUAGGUGUGUUAUAUGGAGAGAAAUGCAAAGCAGCUUUUGAUUCUGUCAGCAAAAGUGUCCAGACCCUGCAAGGACUGAGGAGAGUGUUGAUGACUUAUUUACACCAAAAGAAUUCUGACAGUGCAGUGGCUUCAUCGAGAUUUGCGGUUUCAAGGUCGCCAAACAAUUGCUACGGCUGUGCUACAACUUUUGUGACGCAAUGUAUGGAGCUUUUACAAGUGUUGUCGAAAUAUGGCUACUGCAAAAAGCAGCUUGUUGCAUCUGGGAUCUUGAAAGAGUUGUUUGAGAAUAAUAUUCAUCAGGGUACUAAAACAGCUCGUGCUCAGGCGAGAGGAGUCCUGUGUGCUUUUUCUGAAGGUGAUGCAAAUGCAGUGCUUGAGUUGAAUACAUUGAUUCAGAAGAAGGUCAUGUAUUGCCUUGAUCACCAUCGUUCUAUGGAUAUAGCUCUGGCAACUCGUGAAGAACUCCUCUUGCUUUCAGAAACCUGUGCUGUGGUGGAUGAGUUCUGGGAAUCAAGGCUGCGUGUUGCAUUUCAGCUAUUGUUUUCUUCAAUCAAGUUGGGGGCAAAGCACCCUGCUAUUUCAGAACAUAUUAUUCUUCCCUGUUUGAGGAUCAUAUCUCAGGCGUGUACCCCUCCCAAGACUGAUGCUGGAGAUAAAGAUCUAGGGACAGGAAAGCAUCUUCCCAUUUUGCAGUCAAAAUCUGAUAAUGGUUUGAAUCCAUCUGUAGCUAUGAGUGGCGUUCCUGGAAGCACGAAGUCUGCUGAGCAAUCAGAAAAGCAUUGGGAUGGUGGUAGGAAGGGCCGGGAUAUUCCACUUCUAAGCUAUUCUGAGUGGGAAAAGGGUGCUUCCUAUCUCGACUUUGUCAGACGACAGUACAAAGUCACACAGUCAGUAAAAGUUACAUCUCAGAGGUCUAGGCAAGAGACACAGAAAUUUGAUUACCUAGCUCUUAAAUAUGGCCUUAAAUGGAAGCACAAUGCUUGUAAAAGGACAGCCAAGACCGACUUCUCAAAGUUUGCACUGGGUUCUUGGGUUUCGGAGUUGAUAUUGAGUGCUUGUUCACAGUCUAUAAGGGCCGAAGUGUGCAAUCUUAUUAGUUUGCUCUGCCCACAGAACACUUCUAGACGCCUCCAGUUAUUGAAUUUACUCAUGUCAUUGCUUCCGGCAACUCUGUCUGUUGGAGAAAGUGCAGCAGAAUAUUUUGAAUUGUUCUUCAGAAUGAUUGAUUCGGAAUCUGCACGGUUGUUCUUAACUGUGAAGGGAUGCCUCACUACGAUUUGUAGAUUGAUAACACAAGAGGCAAACAAUAUUGAGUCACAAGAGAGAAGUCUCAAUAUUGAUAUAUCUCAAGGAUUCAUUCUUCACAAACUUAUUGAGCUCCUCAGCAAGUUUCUUGAUGUAUCCAAUAUCCGAGUCAGGUUCAUGCGGGAUGAGCUGCUUUCUCAAGUACUUGAGGCUCUUCUUGUCAUUCGAGGCCUUAUAGUACAGAAGACAAAGCUAAUAAGUGAUUGUAAUCGAGUUCUGAAAGACCUUCUGGAUAGUCUUCUGCUAGAGAGCACAGGAAACAAACGGCAGUUCAUCUGUGCUUGUAUUUCAGGUCUGCAGAAUCACGCGAAAGAAAAGAGGGGGCGUACUUCGCUGUUCAUUCUGGAGCAACUCUGCAAUAUAAUUUGCCCGACAAAACCGGAACCUGUUUAUCUUUUGAUCCUCAAUAAAGCACAUACUCAGGAAGAGUUCAUAAGGGGUUCUAUGACGAAGAAUCCAUACCAUAGUACUGACAUUGGCCCUUUAAUGAGAGACGUCAAGAAUAAAAUUUGUCAUCAGCUUGAUCUUUUAGGUCUUGUGGAAGAUGACUAUGGCAUGGAAUUACUUGUUGCUGGCAAUAUAAUCUCACUUGACCUGAGUAUAUCUCAAGUAUAUGAGCAAGUUUGGAAGAAACAUCAUAGUCAAUCACAGAAUAACAUGUCCACUUCUGCUACACCUUCUUCAGGGACAUUCACAUCUGUUAGAGAUUAUCCACCAAUGACGGUGACAUAUCGUCUUCAGGGACUAGAUGGUGAAGCUACAGAGCCAAUGAUCAAAGAAUUGGAAGAGGAAAGGGAGGAGAUACAGGACCCUGAAGUGGAAUUUGCAAUAGCAGGUGCAGUUAGGGAAUGUGGAGGCCUUGAAAUCAUUUUGAGUAUGAUCCAGUGUUUGUCUGAUGAUGAAUUGAAAUCCAACCAAGAAGAAUUGAGUUCAGUCCUCAAUCUUCUCAUGUACUGCUGCAAGAUACGUGAGAAUAGACAGGCUUUAUUGAAACUGGGGGCUCUGGGAUUGCUUCUGGAGACUGUUAGGCGUGCCUUCUCAGUAGAUGCCAUGGAGCCUGCUGAGGGCAUCCUUUUGAUUGUAGAAAGCCUUACUGUUGAAGCUAAUGAAAGUGACAUUGGGAUCACUCAAGGCGUACGUAUAAUUAGUAAUGAAGAAAGCGGUGUUGGUGAACAGGCAAAGAAAAUAGUUCUCAUGUUCCUGGAAAGGCUAUGUCAUCCUGUAGGUUUAAAAAAAUCAACUAAACAGCAGAGGAACAAUGAGAUGGUUGCAAGGAUCUUGCCGUACUUGACUUAUGGUGAACCGGCUGCAAUGGAAACUCUUAUCCAACAUUUUGAUCCUUACUUGCUGAACUGGGGUGAAUUUGACCACCUUCAAAGAUUGCAUCAAGAGAAUCCCAAGGAUGAGAACGUAGCUUUACAAGCAGCAAAGCAGAGGUCUGCUUUGGAGAAUUUUGUACGAGUAUCAGAAUCACUUGGGACAAGUUCAUGCGGAGAGAGGCUGAAGGACAUUAUUCUAGGAAAGGGGAUUGCCAAGAUUGCUGUUGGGCAUCUGACUGAGUGUUUUGCUGUAGCUGGACAAGCUGGUUACAAGUCAAGUUCUGAAUGGGCAUAUGGUUUGAAAUUGUCAUCUGUGCCGUUGAUAUUGUCCAUGUUGAGGGGGCUGUCAAAGGGUCAUUUGGCUACUCAGAGGUGUAUUGAUGAGGAAGGGAUCUUGCCUCUACUUCAUGCUCUAGAAGGAGUUUCUGGAGAGAAUGAAAUUGGUGCAAGAGCCGAGAAUUUGCUGGACACACUGGCUGACAAGGAGGGUAAUGGUGAUGGCUUCCUGGGGGAGAAGAUACACAAGUUGCGGCAUGCUACCAAGGAUGAGAUGCGUCGUAAGGCACUCAAGAAAAGAGAGGAAUUGCUUCAGGGGCUUGGGAUGCGGCGAGAGUUCGCUUCAGAUGGGGGUGAGCGUAUAGUUGUUUCUCAACCCACAAUUGAAGGUUUAGAAGAUGUAGAGGAAGAGGAGGAUGGUUUGGCUUGCAUGGUUUGUAGAGAGGGCUAUAGUUUGAGACCAAAUGACAUGUUGGGUGUUUACUCUUACAGCAAGCGAGUGAACUUGGGCUCAGGUUCAUCUGGGAGUUCUAGAGGGGACUGUGUUUAUACUACUGUGAGCCAUUUUAAUAUCAUACAUUUUCAAUGUCAUCAAGAAGCGAAAAGGGCAGAUGCUGCACUAAAGAAUCCCAAGAAAGAGUGGGAGGGAGCUACUUUAAGGAAUAAUGAGACCUUGUGUAAUUGUAUCUUUCCUUUGAGGGGGCCAGCUGUUCCUCUUGCUCAGUAUGUUAGAUGUGUUGAUCAGUACUGGGAUAACCUCAGUGCCCUUGGACGUGCUGAUGGUAGCCGGCUUCGGUUGCUGACUUAUGACAUCGUUUUGAUGUUGGCUCGAUUUGCAACUGGGGCUUCAUUCAGCAUAGACGCCAAUGGCGGUGGCAAAGAGAGCAAUGCUCGUCUCCUCCCCUUCAUGAUCCAAAUGGCCUCUUACCUCCUCCACCAAGGAACCUCCAACUCCCAAAACCAGCGCGUCUCCAUGGCCAACUCCGUCUCCACCUACCUCUCUUCUCCCUUAACCACCACCGCAACCGACUCCUCAUCCAAAUCCUCCCCUUCCUCUCUCUCCCCUGCUCGAUCCUCUGAAGAAACUGUCCAAUUCAUGAUGCUCAACUCUCUCCUCUCCGAGUCCUAUGAAGACUGGUGCAAACACCGGCCCGCUUUCUUGAAGAGAGGAAUAUAUCAUGCCUACAUGCAACAUGUGCACGGGCAUUCUUCGUCUGAUACCAGCAAUCUCUUUCCUAUAGUUCAGCCCAUGCUCGUCUACACUGGCUUGGUCGAGCAAUUGCAGAGUUUCUUUAAAGUUAAGAAGGGAUCGGUUGAAGGAGAGGCAGAGGGUUUGGAGAGGUGGGAGGUUGUGAUGAAGGAGAAGCUGUCGAAUGUGAAGGAAAUGGUCGGGCUUUCAAAGGAACUUUUGUCAUGGCUUGAGGAGAUGAGCUCGGUUGUGGAUCUGCAGGAGGCGUUUGACGUGAUGGGAGCGCUUGGGGAUGCGCUCUCUGGUGGGUUUUCGAGCUGUGAGGAGUUUGUUCGGGCCGCAAUUGUUGCUGGGAAGAGUUGAAGGAUAUUUACGAGAAAUGGAGGAAGGUUUGUAGCUUGUGUGUUGUCAUUGUUGCUAAGUGAGGGUUUCAUGUAUUUAGAGGCUUCUGCAGAUAUUUUGUAAGCACGAGGUUUGUAUUGAAUGCUUUCCGAAAGUGAAACAUGCAGGGUCGGGAGGAAGUCCCCCCCACCACUAUUUCAUCCUUCA